AUAUUUUUUCUUUUAGUUUCAAAAUCUAAUCCCGUACCAAAAACUUCAUCUUCUACCAUUCUUUCUAGUUUCUACACACAAGAAUGGCUUCUACUACUUUACUAAAUCCACCAUUUUCACUCUCUUCACCUUCUUCAUUCCUCUUCCCAUCCUCAAAACCUUUUCAAUUUCUCCCGCAAAUCAAAAACUCCGGAAAGAAAAUUAGCCAUUUAAUCUGUUUAUGCACCAGCUAUGAAGUUGGUAAUGGGUACCCAGAAUCCGACUCUGCAGUGAAAGGUAGAAAAUCUGAUGCAAAUGACCAAUUUAAUGAAAAACUAGAUAGUUCACAGUAUGAAGCUAUACUUAAAGGUGGAGAACAGGUUACUUCUGUUCUCCAGGAAAUGAUCACCAUUCUAGAGGAUAUGAACAUGGAUGAAGCAUCCGAGGAAGUUGCUGUACAGUUGGCUGCUCAAGGAGUAAUCGGAAAGAGAGUUGAUGAAAUGGAGUCUGGCUUUAUGAUGGCGCUGGAUUACAUGAUUCAACUAGCUGAAAAAGACCAGGAUGACCAGCGCAAGGCACUCUUGGAAGUCAUCAAGGAGACGGUGUUAUCCCAUCUCACGAAGAAAUGCCCCCCACAUGUGCAAGUGAUUGGACUGCUUUGCAGAACUCCACAGAAGGAGAGCAGACAUGAGUUGCUACGUCGAGUAGCUGCUGGAGGUGGACAAUUCAAGGGUGAAAACGGCACAAAAAUUCAUCUUCCCGGGGCCAAUCUUCUUGAUAUAGCAAAUCAGGCUGAUGAUUUGCUGGAGACAAUGGAAACCCGACCGAUUGUUCCAGACAGAAAGCUGCUUGCAAGGCUUGUCUUAAUCAGAGAAGAAGCUCGAAAUAUGCUGGGAGGAGGAAUGCUUGAUGAAAGAAAUAAUCGUGGUUUCAAUACACUCCCUGAAUCAGAGGUGAAUUAUUUGACCAAGCUGGUUGCAUUAAAACCCAGCAAGGCGGUUCAAGAGAUGAUUAAAAAUGUAAUGCUUGGCAAAGAUGAAGGUACUGAUGAUCCCAGCCCUGAUGAAGACGGAAAAACUCGAGGUCCUCGUGGUGUUGUAGGAAGAGAAAGUCUUACUGGACGUAAACCGCUUCCAGUGCGUCCUGGGAUGUUUCUUGAAACGGUAUCCAAGGUUUUGGGGGGUAUUUACGCUGGAAAUGUCUCGGGCAUCACUGCACAACACCUAGAAUGGGUACACCAAAAAACACUUCAAGUACUUGAAGAAAUAGCUUUUUGAGCGCCUUCCAUAAAAGCAGUUGAGUUUUACCUGUCUUCUAUCAGAGGUGUGGGAGUUUAAAGGCUCAACCUUUCUGUAUAUACUACAUUUUUGUUAAAAGCUUAUAAGCAUGGACUUAGGCAACUCGGCCCCUUCGUCAGACUUCGGAGUUCUUAGAUUGGAAGACAAUUACAAAGCGAACAAAUUAAGGUGUUUCAACAUUGUGUAUGUAUUCUUUAGCAUACAGAGAAGAAAGGGUUGGAUGUUAAAUAUUUUCUUGUUUUCAUUUGUAUAAGAUUUUCAUAGAAUAAUGUAGGACGGUAAGAGUGUAAGACUAUUAAUUUUGUAUUUAUGCUCUAACGUUAAAA